AUGAAGGCAAUCAUCGCAAAGCAGCAUAUGGAGCGCAGCCCAGCUGUCGAGGCGGAUCCAGGCCAGUUGCCCUGGCUCGCAUUGCUCGAGAUCCCGGAUCGAGUGUACUGCACUGGCACCAUCGUGUCACCCACGGCCAUUCUGUCAGCUGCACUUUGCCUGAAUGGUGCCAGAAAUCCGGGGCAUGGAGUGGCAUAUGCUGGUAAUGUCGAGUACACGACGCCUGUAGAUUUUGAACCUCCAACGCAAAAGCGGUCUAUAGUGGAGUAUCACUUGUAUGAUGAGAAUAAUCCCUUAAUCUACAAUUUUAUGUUGGUGAAAAUUGAUCCGAAGUGGACUUGGUCACGAAGUGUUCAACCGAUAGGCAUCAUUGAACAGGAAAGGCUGCCAAUGUAUUUCACACCGUACUGCAACGUGUCGGGCCUGGGGUACGGCAGCAGCCUGGGGGAGGACAGCAAGGUGGUGCGCUCGACCGACAUGUGGAUGGGCAACUGGCGAGUGUGCCUGAGCUCGGCCCAGGAGCACCGCAUGUGCACCUUCGACCAGGACUUGCGCGCGCCUUGUGUCGGCGACCUCGGCGGCUCCGUACUCUGCGACACCGAGCCCGAGGACAAAUUGUAUGGUAUAAUAUCAGAGGUUGGGUACAGCGGACUUGAGGAGCAGCCAGAUCAUUGCAAAAUUCCGGGUCGUGCCAGUGGUUUUCAGUUUGUUGGAUUUUAUGCGUGA